GUGAAGAAACCCGAAAAUUGGGGGGGUCAUGGCAUCGUCUAACGUGAUAACGACCACGUCACAGACGAAUCCAGAUCUGCCACGUCAGCCAUCUCUAUGCUCUUCGCUCUCCACUCUCCUCGCCGGUCCUCAAAACCAAUCUCAGAACGGCCUUGGUUGCAUGAGCAUGGAUGAUCUUUGGAAAAACAUCUACUCGUCCCCACCACCGCCACCAACUACUUCCGACGCCCACCCGCAGUUCCCCGGCGCGUCCAUCUCACGGGAAGGUAGUUUAUCGCCUCCGAAGGAUGUGGCGAACAAGUCCGUCGACGAGGUUUGGAAGGAGAUCGUCGUCGGCGGCGAUCAGAGACGGGAAGGUCAAUCGGAAGAGAUGACAUUGGAGGAUUUUUUGACGAAAGCUGGAGCGGUUAGAGAAGACGAUGUCAGGGGAGUUGUUAAUCAGGUGGGAGUAGGUGAAGGGGUCUAUGUUAUGGACCCUGCGGUUAUCAACGGUGGUGGAAGUCAAUUUUCUGCGUUUGGAAACAACGCUGAUCAUCAGAGAUUGGUGGCGCCAGCAGGUGGAGGCCCGAGAGGAAAACGACGCGCCGUCGAGGAACCGCCUCUGGACAAAGCGACACAGCAGAAACAGCGCAGGAUGAUCAAGAACAGAGAAUCUGCCGCUAGAUCUAGAGAACGCAAACAGGCUUAUACAGUUGAAUUGGAAUCUAUGUUGAGACAACUGGAAGAAGAGAAUGCGAGGUUGCUGAGGGAAGAGGCUGAGCUGAACAAGGAGAGGUUUAAGCAGCUAAUGGAGAACCUGAUCCCUGUUGAGGAGAAGCAAAGACCACCUCGCGUAUUUAGGCGAGUUCAUUCUAUGCAAUGGUAAAUGUAGCAGCUCCUGAUCCUUUUGUCAACGACAAGAUGAAAGAAGAAGCUUAGGUUCUGAGCUUGCCAUUAUCGAAGCUAUACAAAAAAAAGAACUGCAGGAACCAAUUGAAAUGGGGUUAUUUGAGUAGGGAAAGCAAAGAUGAAAUGGAAAAAUGGAGGCUUCAACCAUGAUUUACCUACGUUGGGAUUACCUUUUGUGAAUAGUUGCACAUUGUUUUUGCAUAGGAAGCCGAAUGCUUCUGGAUUUUGCUUAGGUAUUGUAAAUAA